AGCCAGCCGAGCCGACCAGGAGCACACGGGGCGGCCAGGGCAGACACCACGGCGGGCCGCACCGGCCGCAGCCUCACAUCUCGCACUCACGCGACUCGUCUGCCGUUCCGAACGUUCGGUUCGGGUCGGACCUCGCUUCGGCUUCUUCGGCACCGAGUUCGGCCGAGUGCGGUGACGAGUGAGUGACAGUGACCGAGCGAGCAGCGGGUGCCCAAGCCGCGCCCCGCAGACCCCUCCUCAGUCGUCGACAUGGAGUUGUUGCGGCUGGCGGUCUUCGCCGUCCUGGCCCUCGCGGCCUGCGUCCACGGACGCCCCCACGCCGAGAAGGCCCCCGUCUGCGGCUACGAGUCGUGCCCCAAGCCCAAGCCCGGCGUGCUCAACGUGCAUCUGGUGCCCCACACUCACGAUGACGUCGGCUGGCUCAAGACCGUCGACCAGUACUACUAUGGAAGUCAAUCACUUACCCAGAAGGCCGGCGUGCAGUACAUCAUCGACUCGGUGGUGAACGAGCUCCUCCACGACCCCAGCAAGAGGUUCAUCUACGUGGAGACCGCCUUCUUCUGGAAAUGGUGGAAGAACCAGCACGACACCCGCCGCCACCAGGUCAAGAAGCUGGUCGACAGCGGCCGCCUCGAGUUCAUUGGCGGCGCCUGGUCCAUGAACGACGAGGCCGUCACCAACUACAUGUCCAUCAUCGAUCAGUUCUCCUGGGGCCUCCGGAAGCUGAACGAGACCUUCGGCCAGUGCGCCCGCCCGCGCGUCGGCUGGCAGAUCGACCCCUUCGGCCACUCCCGCGAGCAGGCGUCGCUCUUCGCCCAGAUGGGCUACGACGGCCUCUUCUUCGGCCGCCUCGACUACCAGGACAAGCUGCACCGACUGGGCGCCAAGAACGGCGAGAUGAUCUGGAAGGGCAGCGCCAACCUGGGCAAGCAGGCCGAGCUGUUCACCGGCGUCCUCUACAACACGUACAGCCCGCCGCCCGGCUUCUGUUUCGACGUGCUGUGCGCCGACGAGCCUAUCAUCGACGACAAGAAGAGCCCCGACUACAACCUGGAGACCAAGGCGGCAGAGUUCAUUGCCCUGGCCAGGGCUCAGGUGGCUAACUACUCCACUAACAACGUCAUCAUGACCAUGGGAGAGGACUUUCAGUACCAGGCGGCUCACAUGUGGUAUCUCAACCUGGACAAACUGAUUGGGUACAUCAACAACCACAAGACCGAGGAGAAGGUGAACCUGUUCUACUCCACCCCGUCGUGCUACCUCAAGGCUGUCCACGACUCCAACAACACCUGGACCACCAAGGACGAUGAUUUCUUCCCCUACGCUAGCGACCCCCAUGCGUACUGGACCGGCUACUACUCUUCCAGGCCCACCAUCAAGUUCUUCGAGCGCCAGGGAAACAACUUCCUGCAGGUGUGCAAGAACCUGUACGCCCUCGCCGACCUGGGCCCCGAGGACAUGGCCGACCUGGACGCCAUGCGCGAGGCCAUGGGCGUGAUGCAGCACCACGACGCCAUCACCGGCACCGAGAAGCAGCACGUGGCCGCCGACUACAGCCGUCUGCUCGCCAGGGGCUUCGAGGAGUGCGGCAUCGCCACCAAGGCGGCGCUCAACAAACUGAUCCGCAAGAACACCGUGCCCGUCUACGACGUGGGCUCCUCGAGCUCCGAGUCCGAAGACCGCUCCGAGUCCGUGGUGCUGGUCGGCGCCGACGCGCGCCGCGCCGUGGCCGCCCGCGAGGGCGACGACGACCUGGUGCCCUUCCAGAGCUGCCUGCUGCUCAACCAGAGCAUGUGCGACGUGUCCGAGAAGAACGACAAGUUCGUGGUGACCAUCUUCAACCCCCAGAGCCACAAGAUGUCCCAGUUUGUGCGCAUCCCCGUGCCCAACGCGUCCGGCUACAGCGUGCGCUGCCCCAUGGGCCACGAGGAGGCCUCCCAGGUGGUGCCCAUCCCCGAGGCCGUGCUGCGCAUGCCCGGGCGCGUCAUGAGUGCCGCCCGCUACGAGCUCGUCUUCAAGGCCGACAACCUGCCGCCCAUGGGCUUCCGCUCGUUCUACGUGAGCCACGAGGGCAAGAAGGAGCACCACCGCGAGCCUGUCGCUGCCGAGGGAGACGACGCGCUGAGCGUGUCCAACGAGCACGUCCACGUCGAGCUGGACCCCGAGACCGGGCUGGUGCGUCACAUUCGCGCGGGCGGCGUCAACGUGUCGUUGGAGCAGAACUUCUUCUACUACGAGGGCAUGAGCGGCAACAACGAGGAGUUCCGUAACCGCUCCUCGGGCGCCUACAUCUUCCGACCCAACGGCACCGCGUUCCCCGUGGCCGACAAGGCCACCGUCAAGUCCUACAAGGGCGACCUCGUGCAGGAGGUGCACCAGGUCUACAACGAGUGGGUGAGCCAGGUGAUCCGACUGUACGCCAACGAGAAGCACGUCGAGUUCGAGUGGAUGGUGGGUCCCAUCCCCGUCGACGACAGCAUCGGCAAGGAGGUCAUCAGCCGCUUCACCGCCAAGGGUCUCAACACCCAGGGCGUUUUCUACACCGACUCGAACGGCCGAGAGAUGCUCAAGCGCCAGCGCAACCAGCGGCCCUCGUGGAAGCUGAUGUUGGCCGAGCCCGUCGCGGGCAACUACUACCCCGUCACCUCCAAGAUCAGCGUCCGCGACCCCGCCAAGAAGCUGUCCCUCGCCGUGCUCGUCGACCGUGCCCAGGGCGGCAGCAGCCUCGGCGAUGGCGAGAUCGAACUCAUGGUCCAUCGCCGCCUUCUGCACGACGACGCGUUUGGCGUUGGCGAGGCCCUCAACGAGGAGGCGUUCGGCAAGGGCCUGGUGGCGCGAGGCACCCACUACGUGUUGGGUGGAGCUGAUGGCGAAGCUGUGGGCCGGCGCAGCUUGGCCGGACAGGAGCGCAUGCUGGCCUUCAAGAAGCUGGUGCAGCCCUGGACUUUCUUCACAACCGUGGACAAGGACAUGAGCUUCGACAAAUGGCAGAAGACAUACAACAUGGAGUUCUCUGGCCUUAAGAAGUCUUUACCACACAAUGUCCACAUCUUAACCCUGGAGCCUUGGAAGGCAAAGACUCUUCUCCUUCGUCUGGAGCAUUUUGUUGAGAAGGGAGAAGACCAUGAACUUUCAAAGGUCGCCACUGUCAAUGUCGAGGAUAUGUUGAGUCCUUUCAAGAUUCUUCGUAUUAGGGAGACUACCCUAGGAGCUAACCACUGGUUGAAGGAUUCAGAGAGGUUGAAGUGGAAGUCAGAGUCAAAUGCUAUUGAUGAAGAGGAAGAGACUGUGCAUGUGCAGGAAGAGACAGACUUCAAUGUUCAGCUCAAGCCAAUGCAAAUUCGCACAUUUGUGAUUGAUAUCAACAACUGAAGUGUGGAUCAAAACUUGCUAUUCUAGUCUUCACACACCCUUUUGACUUAUCUGUGUUUCUAAUUUAUUGUAAUUAAUGUGGAAGACUGAGCUGCAAUUUGCAGAUUAAAAUAUUUAUAGGUCGUGCUAUCACUUAAGUUUGUGUCAAAGAGCAUAAUACUUUGACUCACUCUUGAUUGAUGGUUCUUUUGUAAAGUGAUAAAUAGAAAUUAGAUUAAAUCAAA